AAAGCAAUAUGGCGGCUAAUGCAAUGGAAACCGAUGACUUAGGCCAUUUACCUUCAAGUACGCUGCGACGAUCGAAUUCAGCACCGAAUGUGAGCGCUGCUGUAGUGAGUGAGGCCAUCCCUAUAUUUCAGCCACUGCAGACUGCAAGGCAGCGUCGAUUUUCGACCAGUCAAAUGGCUGUGAACAUUGUAAGUAAAAAUUCCGCGAACAAAUGUCACGAAAGAAUUGCUUCUUUUUGGCACUAUUUUCCAGUUCUAAGCACCUAUAUGUUCUCUUCUGCUAUAAUUAUUUUUUCAGGGAUCUCCUGCGUCAAGAAUAGCACAGAUCAAAAGGGUAUAUUUUUUGUGUUUAGUUUUUUGGAAUAAUUUCUGGUAGCACUCUGUACUUUGUCUUUUUAUCAAUUCAUGCUGAGUCCUAAAUUAAUACAUUCUCUAUAAAUGAUGCUGUAUAUUCUAGCAUUUGUAUUGCCAUAAAAAAGGUUUCUUAGCACUAAUCAUAAAAAUGCGAGGAGAAAAUUAUCGUCUUUCUUUGUAACUUUUAUAGGAAGAACUUGAAAGUAUGGACGAGGCAAGUCGGGAAAGACAAAUUGAAAGGUAAGUCGCAUAGUAAGUAAUUGCUUGGCAGCUAAACUGUUUUAGUUUGUUUUCAUAAAGUUAUGUUUAUGUAUAUUAAAUAACCUCACAGAAGGAGAUGUGUACUUCUCUUUUGAGCAGUUUUUCCAGUUCGUUACCGAAGCGCUUGUUUGUAUGUUGUAUUUGUGUCAUAUCCAUUGAUGCUUAACUUACGCGAGAUUAGCGAGGAAUUUGAGAUAACAGCUAACUUGCAGUAUUAUUUACAAUGCGGCGACUUUUCAUGUCGUCUAUUCUAUUACUAUGCUCGUCAGAUUUUGAGAUUCAGUUGCUAAGAAGUAGGUUAUUUCCAUGAAAUUCAUUUAGAUAGUGCUCCUCAUUAAAUUUCAUUUAUACUGUAUUUAUCCCAAAUGCUACCAAGUCCUAUCGGAUACAAGGCAGACUCAUCAUUCGUUAUUUCCGACAAAAUAUGAAAAGCUUCAAAUUCUGAAAAAAAUAGAUGACGAUAAAGGCUUUGAAAUAAAGUUUAUGUUACUGAAAUCAUUUCAUUUACAUUUUACAAGUAAUUGACUUCUUCAAUUUUCAUAAAUUAUUUAUGUCCGGUUUAAAGUUUUUGCAUUCCUUUCUGUAGCCUAGACCACCUUGGUGCAAAUCUAAUUGUGUGCAUUGGCACAGGGUUGUGUCAAAAUGUUUAGAAUUUCCCUGCAACGGCAAUUUUCUGCCUCUGCAGUUGCAAUACUUUUUCUUAAUGAAAUUGUAAUGUCUCUGACUUGUUUACCUGAUUUUGAAAUUAUAAGACAUUUGUGAGAGUAUCAGUAAAAUGAACAAAUUAUUGGAAAACUGAUUUUAUCUCACACACAAUGAUAUGUGCUGGAAAAUAAUGGAUGUUUUGGUCAGACUUUCAUUACAAGAUUCUCCUCACAUGUCACAGAGCUUUUACUUGGGGUAUCAAUUUAACCUGUACAUGACAGGUUUUCUAAGGAGUCAGUCAGUUUUUUAUGGAUUUUCAUCUCUUUUUUUGGAUGAGGGAAAUUGUGGAAUCAAGGUCAAUAUUUAAUUUUUGCUCCAGACUCAUAUGUUAUUUCUUUAAUUUGAAUAAUUUAAGAGAAAAUAAUGACUGUUUUUGUAAUGAUAAGUUUCAGACAAAAGAUGGAAUGCUUUCCAAACUAGUGCCAGUAUUACAAUUUGUUUUGCAUAUUUUCACAGUGAACUAUCUCUUACAAUUGGAAUGCAUGAUCAUAUGACUUUAAUGGUGAGUCUUGUGAGAAGAGACAAAGUUUUCUUUUUAGAAUAUGUAUUAUUUUAUAUCUUUUUUUGUUCUUUACUAUUGAUGUGACUGCAUGUUGAAAUAAUAAAAUACUUGAAUGAUUCUGAACAGCUCACUGUUAUUUUUGCCUGAUGUUUGAGCUUUUCUAGUGGGAGAAUUUAAAAUCUGAUAGCUUAAGGUAUUGCGUGGGGCCUCAAACCAAAAAAAUAUCAAAGAGAGUUAAGUCUUCAGUGAUUUUUCUGGAGAGCAUGAUAGCUCAUGUAAUGAAAGUCUAUUGACUGAUCCUGGUUCUCAUUUCUGUGAAGUAGUAAUGGGACAAAUCAUGGAACUAGGACUAAGUGGAGUCUAACUUGGUCUGUAAUCAUACCAGUGAUUAACAAAAUCGGAUGACCACGGAGUGGGAGUCGACUUGUUAAUCACAAGUAUGAUUAAAGACAGAAUCAGACAACACAAAGUCCCAUUACCAGAUGAUGACCAGUCAUGUUCGAGAAUUUUCUGAUAGUUUUGAUUAGUAUAGAAAUAGAGUUACUCCUUGAGGAUGAAAUGCAUUGAUCAUAGUUGUGAAAGCUUUUACACUUCUGUAGGAUAAUUUCUCUUUUAAAAAAACUGACUAUAUUUAUUUUACUUCUUUGUUACAGGAUCAUGAUAAAAACCAUGAUGCAGAUAUGCAUGAACGACGGAACUCCUUUGAUGACCACAGGCAUCCAUUCCCUUCGCCAUCAUCUUUAUCAUCAUCACCAACAAACAAUCAGAAGGUCAGAAUCUAAGAUAAUGUUUCAAUUCAAAUGACACAUUAAGCAGAGUAUAAAUAAAUCAUUUAGCUUGAUUGUUCAGGGUAGAGUUUCCCUGAAAAGGGAAGCUGAUGUUUCAAUGGUUUGUGCAGAAUUCAUAAUACAAGUCAAGAAUCUAUUUUAUGGCAGUUGUUUUGAAUGACAGUGGUUGUUUUCAUGACUGCUCUUACCUUGACAGUCAUAGUACAUCAUCACACCAUUGAAGUUUAAUGUAAACAAAAUAUUCAGGAUUUGUGUUUCUAAGUAAUGAAUGCUCCAGUCACUCUGAGAUUGGACUGAGCACUUGAUUUCUGAAAAAACUACUGUACUUUAUUGUUGAUAUAAUGCAAAAUUAAUAUAUUUUAUUGACCAGUGUUUAUAAAAAAUUUACAAUUGUUGUCAAAAUAAGCAGUUGAUACAAAAGGCCUAAGAAUUGCACUCCUAGUAAACUGUAGUUAUCAUGUGAAACUCUCUACAAAUUCUACACAAAAAGCUCUUCUCUAGUUUUGAAUGUGGAAUGAAAAAUUGGUCAAUGUCUUGACUAUGAUUUACGUAACUGUAUAUCUAAACCAGUUCUUGUCUGAUUAUAAUGUACCUGUAGUUUUCUUGUGUGAUUAUAAUGUACCUGUAGUUUUUUAAUUUUGCAUGAAAACAAUUCUUUUUUGUGUAUAGGCAAUGAAAGGCACAAGAAGUCUUACUCCAAGUCCUAUACCAAGUCCUACUAGAACAACAUUUAUGUAAGCUUAAAGAGCAAUGAAGUUUGAUUUUUUGUCACUUCUAUAUUUUGUAUGAUAUGGAACUUAAUGUUCAUUAAUUUUUUAUACCAAAUUGCAGGCGCAGAAGUCUCAGUCCUGUUUAUUUUAAGCCAAGUACCUUGACACUGAAAAGAAAAUGUAGGUUAACAUACCAUGAUGUUGAUGACUAUGGGAUGUUUAUAAAAUUUUUUGAUUUAUUGAUUUUGUUUUGAAGUAACUGCACAGUGCAUCAGAUAUCUCAAUAUUCAUUUUAUUAUGUGGUUACUUUUUAGGAUGAAAAUAAAUUGUUGGAAUGUUGUCUUUGGUCUCAAAUUAAAACAAGUUGAAUUAGUGUUAGUUAACCUAAAAGUCAAAUAUUUUGAUUUGAUAACUGUUGUUUGAUUCCGCCACCUGGUGUCAUAUGUUGAUUGAGUUUGUUGCCAUUGCUGUUUCUCCAUGUGCUUGGUUUUUUUUUUUCCCUACAGUAACAUAAUCAGUGGUUGAUAUUUCAAUAUGUCUUGAAAAUAGUGGACAAAGUAUCUUCCUGUGCAUGUGCAAUGCUUAAAAUCAAAUUUAAGUAUUCUGUUAAUUUAUGUAAUUAUACAUUUUAUAAUUUAUUUUUGUAUUUAGGGCCAUCAGAAGGCUUUGAGCCUGGAGUCAGUCCGUCAAAGCGUCUCUGUGAUGUUUCACCACUUAACUGUUCCCCAAAUGGCCCAGUUGAAUCAGAGCAUAUAAACUUUGACGAGGAAAAUAAUAUUCAUGAAGAUCCUGGCAGCUCUUCAGCUUCAGACACUUCAACAUCAUCAUCAACUGCUACUCCAAUGCUCUUUGGAGAAAUACCUAGACAACCUUUGCCACUGUACCGUUCAAAAUUCACUCCUCCAAGAUCACCUCUGGCAGGUCCAUCGACAACCCAAAGUCUACCAAGAACACUAGGGAACUCACCUUCUUGUUUCACCUUUUCUCCUGUUCAAGAUUAAUAAGAGCACAAGUUGAGAG